GCCACCUCUGUAAAGGGGUGUGUAAACUUGAAGAACUCAGGCUUUUUCAGUUAAAAUCUUCACUUGUAUCUCAGCACAGCAAACAUGCCUGAACAAAGCAAUGAUUACAGGGUGGUUGUGUUUGGAGCCGCAGGGGUUGGCAAAAGCUCCUUGGUCCUUCGUUUUGUAAGGGGAACUUUCAGGGAAACGUAUAUCCCCACAAUCGAAGAUACCUACCAGCAGGUGAUCAGCUGUGAUAAGAGCAUCUGCACCCUUCAGAUUACAGACACCACGGGAAGCCAUCAGUUCCCUGCUAUGCAGAGGCUGUCUAUAUCCAAAGGGCAUGCUUUCAUCUUGGUGUACUCUGUCACCAGCAGGCAGUCCAUGGAAGAUCUUCAGCCCAUCUUUGAAGAGAUUUGUCAGAUUAAAGGGGACAUCCAAAAAAUCCCAAUAAUGCUGGUGGGUAACAAAAGUGAUGAGACCCAGAGGGAGCUGGAUGCCAGCGAGGGGCAAGCAUUAGCCAGCAAGUGGAAGUGCUCCUUUAUGGAGACAUCAGCCAAAAUGAACUACAAUGUGCAGGAGCUCUUCCAGGAGCUCUUGAAUCUGGAGAAGAGGAGAACUGUCAGUCUCCAGGUGGAUGGAAAGAAAUCCAAGCAGCAGAAAAAGAAAGAUAAACUGCAAGGCAAGUGCUCUGUUAUGUGAUUCACUUUGGCUGGACUCACACCACUGCAUGGUGUAAUCGGAGCAUGGACUCCCACAGAAAAUACAUUUCUGCUGGAGGUUUCAGGCAAAUCCAUGCCUUACAGGGCUAUUGCUUUUCUCGAAAAUCUCUGCUGGAUUAUUUUAUGUGUUGGUUUUAAAGAGGCUGGCUUUCUGCAUGUGUAUGUUUUUUAAAGUAAUAAACGUUCAAUGUUAGUAAUUA